AUGGCUCGGGGAAAGGCUCAAACCUCUCCAAAGAACAAGGCUUGCCCUUACACUCAGUGGUUCUAUCGUGUCCUUAGUCCUUAUGUCCUUAGCGACCGCUCGCCCUACGGCUACGAAUUUGAUGAGAACCUUUCCGAUUUAGCGACAGAGACAGAGAGCGAAGGAAAGCAGCUACCGAUGGAAAGAACGAAAUUUAGGGCCGGUGACAAGGCAAGCGACAAUGAUGAAGACGAGGAUGAAGACAGUCCAUCUGAGAGAUCACAUGCUGAUUCUUUGGCCGAUGUUUACUACGAAUCCAAAGAAAUACGCGAACGAGAAAGGGAGUUUGCACGGGAACAACAAGAUAUACUCGACAUGAUUCAGUCCGAAAGCGAAAUGGAAAACAAGGUCAACCAGGCAUUCCGUUCUCUCAUGAACGCCCAAAAGGAGAACAAACUGACCUCCUUGCCGUCUCUUCAUGCCACCACUUACCUUAUUCAUUGCCGAGACCAACCUAGAUAUUUCUAUAAUGAAUUGGAACCGAGAUAUUUUGAAUUUUACCACCUAUCAGUGGAGCAAAUUUUUGGUUCCAAUCCACCGCCAGAUUCUGACCCGAAGAGGAUCUACGGGCAUGUUUAUAUCAACACGAGCAAAGGCAUCGAGUUUAAACCAUUUGAUCCGCCCGAGCAAUUCAGUGGUCGGAUUUCAUGA